UGCUAAGUGCCGCACAGAAAGGGGACAGGGGACGAUGAAGUCUGACGAGUCUAACGCAUUGUAGGGUUGGAUUAAAGUUAUUCUGUCCCAGUUGCAUUUUUACCGGUAAAUGAUCAGAUAAAGCAAUUUCAUAGCGUAGUAGUUCACCGAGGGGCAAGUGAUUUGAUCGUAAAAUCAGUUUCGUUGGAAAUGGAUCAAUACAAGCGCAGCAUCGGACUCCGCUCUGACAGUGGAUCAUCUAACAAACGAGAUACACCCGUGAAACCAGCGCUGGGCAGACGACACAAGCAUAGGAGACUUCUGCUCUGCAAACGUUAUGAAGCUUUUCCAGAAGAACCUGAGGAGGAGGUCAUGAAUGACUCCACUGUCAAACCAAAGAGCCCAGUGUCUGUCAGCACAGUCCACUCCAAAUCUCCAUUUAGCUUAAGGAAGGCUACAUUUACUGAAACUCCCAGACACAAAGCAACCUUGCCCGCCACACGGGCCAAUAAAAACUCCAGCCACCGAGUGUUACAAGCAGGUCACCCAGUCGUUCAGGUGGCGCCCAUCCUAAAGGCUCAUGAAGGUGGUGAAAUAACCAGUAAAGAAGAAGAGCAAAGCAUGGCAGUGACUCUGGGAAGUAUUACAUUAUCUAGCACAUCUUUUAGCUCUGAUGAAACAGAGGAUGAGAACUCCUUGGUCUCCACAACUCCUAGUAGUCUUCCUUCCCCAGAGAUCUUCAGAACAGAAAACCACGUGGAAACUUUCAAUUUUCCUAUUGAGGAAGACCUGUUGGAUCUCCAUAUUCAUAUAAAAAACUCCACCUUGUUGGAUGUCAGCCAUGCUGAGAGCAUACAUGUGCAUCAUCCCCCCAACCUUUCUACUAUCCUAGAUGCCUCCACAAUUCUUGCUGAAAACACCUGUGAGAUCAGCAACAACAAAGAACCUGGACCCGAUGUCAAACCACAAACUGUCUCAUUUAAAUCAGACAAAGCCUUCAGAAGGAAAACGCCACCAAAACCCAGCAACAGAAGGCCUAUUUUGCAUAAGAAGAAGGUUUCAUUCAAAAGCCCUGUAAUUGCUGAGAUUUUUAAUGGAAAACACACCCCAGCCUCCAAAUUAACCACUCACAAUCCCAGUGAGCCAUUUCAAAUGUCCCACCUACCUGAGGAGGGGAAGCGUGAUGUAGAGGCAUCCCCGCUGGGUGAGAGCAGCUCUAAAGAGGAAACAUUACCUCUGACCGUGAAUCUAAAAAGGCCUGUAAAAACUGGCCUGGAGAAGGCCAAGUUCUUUGACUUUGCCACUGACAAGGAGAGGGACACUUUCUUUCAGGUUAUGAGAGAAAGAUGUGUGAAACUCAAUAGUGUUACUUUUUUUCCUUUCACAGCUGCUUAGCUCACUGAACCAUCUUUCCUGCCACAUUCGAACCUACAGUAUUCAUGUAUAAAAAUGUGGGUUUGUUCCAUAAUCUGGAUCAAAUUAGUCUAAUGUCCUGUAUAAAAGUUGUCCGUGUGUACUUAAAAGAAGGAGACAAGAAUCAAUGCAGUAAACUUUAGUUAGUAUUUAAAUGUUAUUUAAAGAGACAUGCCAAACUGGCAUUACCGUAAUGUUGGUAUUAAAAAAGCGUGUGACGCAAAAUGACCAGUAGAUGGCGCACAUGUAUUUACCUUUAAUAACCUCUGGUUUUCUUGUCCAAACUGUGAGUUUUACCACCUUUAAAUGUGAUAUAUGUGGGGAUUUGUUUGUUUGUUUUAAUGUUUAUCUGCAUUUGUAUUUAUUCUUGUGUUAUGUAUUAAUGUAGGCUUUCUAAAAGUUAAAAGCAAAGUUUAAAUGUACAAGACAUGUCUUUAAGGUUUCCUUUUUCUGUUCGCGUGUGUGUGUGUGUGUAUUGGUCUU